AUGAGCGAUGGGGCCAGGCGCGCCCUCCUCCUGGGCGAGCCCGGCGGCCCCUUCGAGCGGGCGCGGGGCAAGGAGAGCGCCAAGGGACGAGGCGGAGGAGGAGGAGGAGGAGGAGGAGGAGGAGGAAGCGGCGGAGAGCCGAGGGACUUGGCGGCGGGGACGUCGGCUUCCAGCGGCCCUUCCCAAGAGGGCGCUUCGGAGAGCGGCAACCAGUCCCCCGCGGGCGAAACGGAUUAUUGCCGCCGGAUCCUGGUACGAGAUACGAAAGGGACUAUCCGGGAGAUUGUCCUUCCCAAAGGCCUGGAUCUGGACCGGCCCAAGAGGACUCGGACCUCCUUCACCGCAGAACAACUGUAUCGUCUGGAGCUGGAAUUCCAGCGGUGCCAGUAUGUCGUGGGCAGAGAAAGGACGGAAUUAGCCAGGCAGCUCAACCUUUCAGAAACCCAGCUGAUCCUUGCCACAUAG